CCCGGCUCCACCCGAACGUCUGGCCUCUCCGUCAGAUAUAUCUUGGCCGUCGCCCGUUCUCCAACCAGGCCUCGACCCGUUGCUCCUCGACUCCGUUUCUCCUUAGUGCCAUCGGUCUGCCAUGUUUGCCAGGAUGGGCUGUCGCUGGGCUUUUGCCUCUCUCGCCAUCUUGAUCUGUCUGUUCGCCUCUGGCCAUGCUGUCCACCACAACGACCCUGGCUUCGACUUGCAGCCCAAGAACAUCUUCAUCCUUAGUAUGCCAACCUCCGGCCAUGCCAAUCCGCUGGUUGUCCUCGCCCACGAGCUGGCAAGCCGCGGUCACAACAUCACCUUCGUCACCGGCUCUACCUACAACGUCCCCGCAUAUGCCCGGAACUCAGCUAUCCAUUUCCACUUCAUUCCCGAGACCAUGUCCCUCACCCAGCGGUUCGAUACGGCAUUAACCGAGAUGUCGAAACCGUCGGCUGAACCCUUCCUGAAGACACUUGACCUCCUUAACCUCCUGCGAAUCGCCAUCAAGUCAGUUGGGACACUCGAGUUCCAGAUGAUUCAGGAGGUUCUCCAGACCACCAAACCCGGUUCGGUAGACCUCGUCAUCGGUGGCGUCUUCGUGAGCCCGGCUGCCAAUGUCCUCAGCCAAGUCCUUGGUGUGCCAUGUAUUGUUCACUAUUUCGUGUACGUCAUGGACUUCGUCAAGCCACUGGGCAUCUUUGUCUCGAGCCUGACCACCAGCGCCUUGGAGACCGAUGCCGAGCCCCACAUGAGCGUCCUUACUUCGAUUACUGUCAUCAUCAACCGCAUACUGUUCUCCGGUAUUUCCAACCUCCGCCUCCGCGAGCGACAGUUCAUUUACAACAAAGUUAAGACCGAGUUGGCCCAGUAUCUGCCUGCGACCGAGAAGCCAGCCCAGCCCGUUGUCAACCUCAUCAGCAAUGCCUGGGGAUUCCAUCCCGCACAGCUCGCUGUCCCGAGCACACGCAUGGCCGGUAUCUGGGUUCCUGAGGCACAGAGCCUGGAUGUUCAGCCCGACCUGAAGCACUGGCUUGAUAGUGCCAGCCGCCCUGUCGUCUACGUCUCGACAGGCACCAUGGCCCACCCCUCGAACGAGACGCUGCUGGCAUUCUACGAGGCAUUCAGUGCUACAACCGAGUUCCAGACCCUGUGGUCGCUCAAGAAGGUGUUCCAGAACACCCUGAGGGAACUGCUCGGCGACCAGGAGUGGCCCGAACAUGUCCGGAUCGAGAACUUCGUGCCGCAGCUUGCCGUGCUCGACCACCCUGCAGUCCAGAUCUUUUUCACCCACGGCGGCUGGAACAGCGUCUCCGAGGGUCUUUGGACGGGCACGCCGAUGCUUGGAAUGCCAUUCUUUGGCGACCAACCCUACAACGUUGCAAAAUUGGUUCACCUUGGCCUCGGUCUCAAGAUCGACAAGAACAUCAUGAGCUCACCCGACAAGGCUGCUACGAUCCAGUUGAUCCAGGACAAGCUCCACACCAUCCUGCGCGACCCAUCCUUCUCAAGCCGCUCCAAACACUUCCAAAAGACAUUCCAGGUCAUGGGCGGCGUCAAGAAGGGCGCCAACAUUGUUGAGGAGAUCUUGGCCAUCGGCGAUACCACUGUCUACAGCUUCUCCGACAACACCAACGCCGUCGUGGCGGCCAUGGCCAUCCUCGGACUGACCGGUGCUGCCGUAACUUUCGGGAUCUACCGACUGGGUGCCUGGGGACUCGGAAGAUUGUUCGGGAAGCGCACGCCGUCGAUCAAGGCCAAGGCCGAAUGAGACCAAGUGAAACCAAGUGAAGUUGAGUGGGACCGACCUCUCAAGUGCCCAGUAUUCGACCUCUAUCCCCGACCACCAUUGUGCUGGCCUCUUAACAAUAUCAGUGAAUAUGACCCAAUACAUCAUCGACGUGCCCAGAUGGCCGCGGUU